AUGCCUUUUAGAGCAUUACCGAGUUACUUUCGCGGCUAUCAUGAAUCUGAAUCAACUGGGGUUGAUUCAUCGCUAGUAAAUCAUUUGGAACUAGUUAAACACAUAAACUGGAAGGAGCUGUACGAAUCUAUCCCAGUAGAUAAUGAACAGUAUAAUUAUAAAUUAGUAAUUUUUGCAAGGCAUGGUCAAGGUUACCACAAUGCAGCUAUAGAAAGAUAUGGAAUGCCGGAAUGGGAUUCAAAAUGGGCUCUAUUGGAUGGUGAUGAAUAUGGAAAUUGGUUAGAUUCUAGGUUAACUAAUGUAGGUAGAGAACAAGUCAGAACUACGGGUUCUACUAUAUUAUCACCGAUUGUUAAUGACUUAGGCAUGCUACCUCAUAAAUUCUUCAGUUCUCCAAUGAGAAGAUGUUUAGAGACUUUUGUGGAAUCAUGGAAUGUAUGUCUAAGGGAAAAUAGUGAUAUUCACUGCUUAACUGAUGUUAAUGAUAUUGAGGUAAAUAUCUAUGAAAACAUAAGAGAAAUAUUAGGCAGACACCCUUGUGAUAAACGAGUAAAUCAUUCUAAAGCAAUUAAAGAAUAUCAACCAUCUAAAUUACCAAUAGGCAUUACUGUGAAUUGGGUAUAUGAACCAGAGUAUCCCGAAGAAGAUAAAUUAUGGACACCAACAAGAGAAAAGAUUUCUGAUAUGGACAAACGUAUUCUUAAUGGUUUAGUGCAAAUCUUUCAGCAAACAACAUCUGCAGACAGAUUCAUCUCUGUGACAUGUCAUUCUGGUGUUAUCAACAGUAUCUUAAGAAACAUCAAACAUCCAAGAGUGGAUAAUUUACAAACAGGUAAUGUUGUAAUAGCAGUGGUUGAAAUAGAUAAGCAAAAACUUGGCCAACAUCCUUUACAAUAA